UCACUUACACAUAUAAAGGCCUCAUUCAGCUAUAGGGCUGAGCUAAACAUUAUGCACAUGGGCCUAUUUUUCUUGCCCUCUAAUACUGCUGCAGGGAAGACAUGGGAGGUAUCCAUUUCCGUUUUACAUGAACCACAAUCCUUUGCCAGCUGAGGAACACCUCACCUUUACUGGUUUCCCAUUUGCGUUAUGUAUUUUAAGUAUUCCUUACCUGCUGAUGAAAGUGGCCCUUCUUGUUUUUGUCUGUAGGGAAUUUUACCUGGCUUUGUUAUAAUGUUCCUGUCUUGGCUCUUUCUGGAUUUUCAAUAGACGAAGGGGAGCAAGAAGAGAAGAUCUCGGAGAACUCUUCGGCAGAGAGGGAUUUAGCCGAUGUCAAGUCGUCUCUAGUCAAUGAAUCAGAAACGAAUCAAAACAGCUCCUCAGACUCGGAGGCGGAGAGGCGGCCUCCGCCUAGGUCCGAAAGUUUCCGAGAUAAAUCCAGAGAAAGUUUAGAGGAAGCUGCGAAAAGGCAAGAUGGAGGGUUGUUUAAGGGCCCACCGUAUCCUGGGUAUCCUUUUAUAAUGAUUCCCGACCUGACCGGCCCUUACCUCCCCAAUGGAUCCCUCUCGCCCACGGCAAGAACGAUGGCAUGUUGCAAAGAAAAGGUCACCCCACAUACACUUACAGAUGACUACUGGGCCCUGUCUGUACCUGGCAUUCAGUAUCUCCAGAUGAAAUGGCCACUGCUUGAUGUUCAGGCAGGGAGCCUACAAAGUAGGCAAGCCCUCAAGGACGCUAGGUCUCCAUCUCCAGCACACAUUGUUUCUAACAAAGUCCCAGUUGUGCAGCACCCACAUCAUGUACAUCCCCUUACGCCGCUUAUUACGUACAGCAAUGAGCACUUCACACCAGGGAAUCCUCCUCCACACUUACCAGCUGAUGUAGAUCCAAAAACAGGAAUUCCACGGCCUCCACAUCCUCCAGAUAUAUCUCCUUAUUAUCCACUAUCACCGGGCACUGUAGGACAAAUCCCCCAUCCGCUAGGAUGGUUAGUACCACAGCAAGGUCAACCAGUCUAUCCAAUCACAACAGGGGGAUUCCGGCAUCCCUACCCAACCGCUCUGACUGUCAAUGCUUCCAUGUCAAGCUUUCUCUCCUCUAGGUUCCCUCCACACAUGGUCCCUCCACAUCAUAGUUUACAUACAACUGGGAUCCCUCAUCCAGCCAUAGUCACCCCAACGGUCAAACAGGAAUCCUCCCAGAAUGACGUUGGCUCACUCCACAGCUCAAAACAUCAGGACUCCAAAAAAGAAGAGGAGAAAAAGAAGCCACACAUAAAGAAACCUCUCAAUGCAUUUAUGUUAUAUAUGAAGGAAAUGAGAGCAAAAGUUGUAGCAGAAUGCACAUUGAAAGAGAGUGCAGCCAUCAAUCAAAUUCUUGGUCGAAGGUGGCAUGCAUUAUCCAGAGAAGAACAAGCUAAAUAUUAUGAACUAGCCAGAAAGGAACGACAGCUCCACAUGCAGCUUUACCCCGGCUGGUCCGCACGGGAUAACUAUGUAGGUGGCUAUGGCAAGAAGAAGAAGAGGAAAAGGGACAAGCAGCCAGGAGAAACAAAUGAACACAGCGAAUGUUUCCUAAAUCCUUGCCUUUCACUUCCUCCGAUUACAGACCUGAGCGCUCCUAAGAAAUGCCGAGCGCGCUUUGGCCUUGAUCAACAGAAUAACUGGUGCGGUCCCUGCAGGAGAAAAAAAAAGUGCGUUCGCUACAUACAAGGUGAAGGCAGCUGCGUCAGCCCACCCUCUUCAGAUGGAAGCCUACUAGACUCUCCUCCGUCUUCUCCCAACAUGCUAGCCUCCCCCACAAGAGACUCAAAACCACAGACUGAACAAACCCAACCUCUCUCACUCACAUUGAAACCCGACCCACUGGCACACCUCUCCAUGAUGCCACCACCACCAUCCUCUCUAGUCCUGACCGAAAGCUCCACUAGCAAACCCGGUGGUCUGCCUGCUAGUAAUUGUCAGAAUGGGGCACUGGACCAUCCGUCUGCCUCUUUACAGCAGUCAGCACCCUCUUCCUCUUCAUUAGCACAACCGUCAACAUCCUCUUUGCAUUCCCACAAUUCUUUGACUGGGACACAGCCUCAGCCACUGUCACUCGUAACCAAGUCGUUAGAAUAGCUUUAGCCUUGUGUAGCCCUUUUAAUUUGUAUUUUGUGUGUGUGUGUUGAUUUUUUUUUCACUUUUGUUUGUAUUUUUUUAAAAAUUGGUGCCAUAUGGCUGGCUACAUUAGUUGAUGUCUAUCGAGUUCAUUGGUCAAUAUUUGACCCAUUGUUAUUUCAUUUUUUUCCUUUUUAAAUAUGUAGAUUGAGAAAAAAAGCCUCAUGAUUCUGCCAAAAUUUUUAUCAACAGCUGUUUAAAGUCUUUGUAGCGUUUAAAAUAUUAUAUAUAUAUAUAAAUAUAUAUAUAUAUACAUAACUGUUAUGUAGUUCCAAUAGCUUAGUUUCAAAGACUGAUUUUAAAAAUGAAAAAGAAGCAAUUUUGAAGCAGCCCUUGCUGAAGGCGUUGGUUCUUUAUUAUUUGUAUUAAAUACGAGCUUGCGAACCAAUCAUUUUACAUCUGGUUUUUAAAACUUUUUAAGGGCACAAUGAAUGCAGUGCCGCUAAUUUUUUUUCCUUUUUUUUCCUUUGUGUGAUAUAACUUUUCUUGUGAUGUUACUUGUUAUUGUUUAAAUGUACAGAAACAAAGGGUUAAAAUGUGUUAAUAUACCUUGUUCCAUGGUGUUGUUCUUUUUUGGGGGAGGGAACGCUACUCAACAAUUAAAAAGUAUCACAACGCUAUUGGACCAGUAGUAUUUAUUGCUUUAGAGAUUGCUUGUUGUACCUGUAUGUUGUCCUUUAAAAAAAUGUUUUCCUUUUUCUUUCUUGAAACGUUGUGUAAAGUUUUUUUCCCCCCUUAGUGUAAGCAUCAUAUAUAAAUAUAUAUAUAUAACAACUCAUUUGUACAAGGUUUUUAAGUUUAUAUAUAAAUGUGUAUAUAUAUAUUUUUGUUGGUUUCUUUUGUUUGUUUUAAUUUCAUUCUUUUUUUCCUCUGUCACAUAGUUGCCACCAAAUGGACAUUUGCAGAUGGAUCAAUAUUGUAAAAAAAAAUGCUUUAAAAGCCAUUACAUGAAAUAAGACUUGAAAAUUUAGCACAGGACUUUUUAGCAAUGCUGUUGGAAAAGCAGCACUGUAUCCCAUUCAGAACUGCAGAUGACGUUCCCUGCCACUUGUCGGCUGCGAGCAAAACUUUUAUGUGCCAAAAUUCUCAGUGAUUUUCUCUUUUCCCUACACCUUUUUUAUGCUGUAUUUUUUUGUUCAUCCUGUUUUGCUGUGAUGUUACAUAGGUAGAUAUGUAUGUAGUUUUUAAUGUCACCUAUUACAGACGUGUUUGGUAGCAGAAUGUCCAGAAAGCAUUUAAAGAUGAAGAGGUAUAAACCCUAAAGGGCCAAAUUCUGUAUAUUAGAUUAUUCAUAAAAGGAAAAAUCAGACUGCCACUUUUAUGUACACUUACGACAUACAGGUAGGUAGCAAACUUUAAAAAAAUCCUAGGCAUGUUGAUGUUGCAAUUUUUUAAAAAAAUAAAAUAAAAGAUAAAACACUGUAUAAAGCUGAAAAAACGUUCAUCUGUUCAUCCAGUGCCAUUGUAGUUGACAUGAAGCGAUUGUAAAACUGUCUCCAGUUUUCUUCUCUGGUUUAUUAAGAUGCUAACUAUGACAUUUUUUUUGUGAAUCCUUUGAAUGUUUCCUAACAGUUGUGAUGUUACUGUUCUGUUUUAUUGCUCUUAUUCCGAUUUUUCAUUUCUAAUGGUUUGGAAGCCAUUUUUGUAAUGAAUAAAUGUCCAUGCUGUACAGUAUCUGUAGCAUGCAGUUCUGGAUUAAUAAAAGCAACUUAGUAUGUGCA